CGUAUGAAACAAACGUCCUCGUCCACUCGAUGAACUCGUAAGACCCCUACCCACUCUCUCUCUAGUUUCUCUCUCUAUCACGGACUUCACUUCUCACUCCUCUAGCCCACUCUCUCUCUCUCUAGAAUCGUCUUCUUCAUUCUUGAGAAACCAGGAAUUGAGGGGAAUUUGAGUUUUGUGUGUGCGUGGUGUGAUCCGCCAUGGCUGAUGUGACCAAGUACCAGCCCAUCAAUGGCGGAAAUCUGGUUUCAGACGUGAAGAGCCUCUUCUCCAUUCUCAAGACCAGGAGAACCAUGGCUUUUGCAUAUGGGUUCAUGUUUGCUUUCGUUGUUUUCACUGCUUUUUUGGCGUUUAAUCCUUCUACUACCACCACUUUUUCUCCUUCUUUCUCCAGUAUUUUCGGCGGCGGCAACUCUGUUACCGGUAAUUCUUCUGAUGGGGCUUCUGGAUCUCGGUACUCUUCUUUUUUUUCUUAUUUUUUCCCCAAUGGUUCGUUCGAGCAGAGCAAUCGGGUGGUUCCUCCGCCGGCGCCGGAGGCUAAUUUGUCUAGAUCUAGUAAUGCCACGGUUCAGCCUCCCGUCGUGGACACAGAGCCGCCGCGUGUGAAAAAUCGUACGGAAGUUAAUGGUGAUCAAACGAAACGAACGGUGGUGCCGGAAAAUCCACCGGCUGGAAAUCAGACGCUAGGUUUGCCAGUUUCUCCUCCGACUGCAAUUCAACCGCCGACCGACGCGGCGAAAAACGAUGCUCAAUCUACGCAAGUUUCCGAAGUUCCGAACUCAAAUCAAACUAAAUCGCUGCCGGCCAAAGCCCCUCCAGUGGCGGACGAUCAGGUUAAGAGUUCGGGGCUGAAAUCGAUUCCGUCGCAGAAUAGCAGUUCUAAGACAGAAGAGAAACAAGUUGCGGAGGGAACUUCGCCGGCGAAUUACACGGCUCCAUUGUCGAAGAAACAGAAAGGCGAGAUGAGUCCUGAUUCUGGCGAAUCGGCAAAACAGAAUGAUUUAGAGUCUUUGAAGAAUUGUGAUUUUUUCGAUGGAGAGUGGGUGCCGGAUGAUUCGUAUCCACUUUACAAACCUGGUUCCUGUGGCCUUAUUGAUGAACAGUUCAAUUGCCAUCUGAAUGGCCGACCUGAUAAAAACCAUCAGAAACUCAAAUGGAAACCCAAGGGCUGUGAUCUCCCAAGGUUGGAUGGAGGUCGAAUGUUGGAUAUGUUGAAGGGGAAGAGAUUGGUUUUCGUGGGCGAUUCACUGAAUCGAAACAUGUGGGAAUCGCUUGUUUGUAUAUUAAGAAACUCGGUUAAAGAUCAAAGCAAGGUGUUUGAGGCUCAUGGAAGACAGGUAUUCAGAGGGGAAGCAGCCUACUCUUUCAUAUUUAAGGAUUAUAACUGCACUGUAGAGUUCUUUGUGUCUCCUUUCUUAGUCCGUGAAUCGGAGGUGCCGGACAAGAAUGGUAAAAAGAAGGAAACAUUGCGUCUUGAUUUGGUCGGGAAAUCCUCUGAUCAAUACAAAGGAGCUGAUAUAAUCGUCUUCAACACCGGUCACUGGUGGACUCAUGACAAAACUGCAAGAGGGAAGGAUUAUUACCAAGAAGGAAGCCAUGUUUAUGAAGUAUUGAACGUUCUUGAAGCGUUUCGGAAAGCUAUAACAACGUGGGCGAGAUGGGUCGAUAGGAACAUAAAUCCAAUGAAGUCCAUUGUUUUUUUCCGGGGCUACUCUGCAUCGCAUUUCAGCGGAGGACAGUGGAACUCCGGUGGGCAAUGCAGCAGCGAGACCGAGCCGAUCAAGAACGAGACAUUUCUGAAACGGUACCCGCCGAAGAUGGUUGUACUGGAGAGGGUAUUGAAAGGGAUGAAAACCCAUGUCACCUACCUCAACAUUACGAAGAUGACAGAUUUUCGGAAGGACGGGCACCCUUCGAUCUACCGAAAGCAAAACCUAACAGAAGAAGAGAGGAAAUCGCCAUUGAGAUUCCAGGACUGCAGCCAUUGGUGUCUUCCUGGUGUUCCUGAUGCAUGGAAUGAGAUUUUAUUUGCAGAACUAUUGCUGAAACAGCAACAGCAAACGAGAACAUAGAGGUAAAAAGAAAGAAAAAGUGAAAGUACAUAAUUAUUUAUUGGGUUGAGCUCAUAUAAGUUUUAGAAGAUUAGCCCUUUUUUUUCUUUCUUUUUGGGAUUAUAGAGAGAAUCAAACAGCAAAGAAGUCAGAUCCAAAGAAUUUAUAUGUUUUUUUUUUCCUUCUAUAAUAAUUUAUGAGAGUAGGAAAUAGAAAGGAAGUUUGUGUUCUUGAGGAAAUCUGCUUGUGGUGAGAUGAAAUUAAUCAGAUUAUGUUCAUGUGAGAGAGAGGAUGAUUAAAGGAUGCUUCCUGGUCAAUUCCACAGUUGAAGUUACCAUUUGUAAAUUUUAAAAUUAUUUGUCAUUUUUUAUGUUAUUUUUCCUUGAAAUAA